GACCUUGACACAUGUAGACUGUUUGCAGAAUUGUCACACAGCUAUUAAUGAUUCAAUAUUACUAUGUCCAAACUUAUAAUUAGAAAUAUUAAUUUUCAUCGAAACUGGAGAUUUCCUGGGGCCUGGGGGAAAAAACAUCCGAUUUUAAUUCACUGUCACCGAGGUAAGUUUCAAAGGAUUCAAAGGGAUGGAAUCGGGGUCGAUGCAUUUUUCCUAUUAGGACGUGAAUUACUUCUCAUUCCCACAGGAAGUCAGCGGGACCGCUGUCAGCCAAUCAGAUUGACGGAAAACGCUGAGACAACAAACAAAAGAUCGAGGUUAGCCGAGCUCCUCGAUCUGAGCCGUUUAUUUAACGUUGGCUCCCGGUCUGGGCCUCACAGCCGCACCUCGUCUCUGCUGCUCCUCCGAACAUUUUUGCCAGUUCUUUGUCUGGACACUUUAUUCCCUCUUUUCGUCGUUGUAUACACUAAUGUCCGCCUGAGCCCCAGUGCUAGUCGACCUGAGCGCGUUAGCCUGGUUAGCUGCUGGGCUAAAGCAGCUUUGGCUGUGUCUCAUCUCUAAAGACUUGACAAACAAACUUGGCACUGACAGCCCGUCGGCGGCUCUGGCUUGUUCUCUCUUGGUUGACAAGCCACUGUCGUGUUCCCUGUCGCCGCCAUGUCCGGACACUCUCAGCCGGGAUGUGGCUUUCUGAUGUCGGUCGUCGUUAACGGGGACGCGGCUCUGAACGAGCAGGAAAAGGAGCUGAACCAGCAGCUGCGGCGGCUCUACCCGGCCGUCAACGAGACCGAGACGCCGCUCCCUCGCUCCUGGAGCCCCAAGGACAAAUUCAGCUACAUCGGUCUUUCCCAGAACAACCUUCGCGUCCAUUAUAAAGGUCACGGCAAGACCCAGAAGGAUGCGGCGUCCGUACGGGCCACCCAUCCCAUCCCAGCAGCCUGCGGGGUCUACUACUUUGAGGUGAAGAUCAUCAGUAAAGGCAGAGAGGGGUACAUGGGCAUCGGCCUGUCAGCUCAGGGUGUGAACAUGAACCGACUCCCAGGUUGGGACAAGCACUCGUACGGUUACCACGGGGACGACGGACACUCGUUCUGCUCAUCCGGCACAGGGCAGCCGUAUGGACCCACGUUUACGACAGGCGACGUGAUUGGCUGCUGUGUGAACCUCAUCAACAACAGCUGCUUCUACACCAAGAACGGCCACAGCCUCGGUGUUGCCUUCACAGACCUGCCUCCUAAUUUGUAUCCCACGGUGGGCCUUCAGACUCCAGGGGAGGUGGUGGACGCCAACUUUGGACAGCACCCGUUUGUGUUUGACAUCGAGGACUACAUGAGGGAGUGGAGGACGAAGAUCCAGGCUCAGAUCGACCACUUCACUAUAGGAGAGCGGGAGGGCGAGUGGCAGUCCAUGAUCCAGAAGAUGGUGGCGUCCUACCUGGUCCAUCACAGCUACUGCGCCACAGCUGAAGCCUUCGCCAAGUCCACGGACCAGGCGGUGCACGAGGAGCUGGCCUCCAUCAAGAACAGACAGAAGAUCCAGAAGCUGGUGUUGUCAGGCAGAAUGGGCGAGGCCAUCGAAACCACCCAGACACUGUACCCCAACCUCCUGGACAGGAACCCGGACCUGCUCUUCAUGCUCAAGGUGAGACAGUUCAUCGAGAUGGUAAACGGGACGGACAGCGAGGUCCGAUGUCUCGGAGGUCGCAGCCCAAAGUCUCAGGACAGUUACCCAGGCUCCCCGCGGGCUUUCAGCAGCCCCGGCCACAAAGCUAGCAGCUCCCAGUCCUACCUCACAGGAUUUGACAGCAACUGCUGUAACGGCGUGACGUCCAGUAAGAGCCACAGCUCCUCCCCCCACGGUCACAAGUCGUCCCCCACCUCUGGUUCUUCUCUCCCAGCCCCUGACGUCAGCCUCAACGGAGGCCGCAGUCAAACCACCACAACCAGCGACGUGGACAUGGAGGUGGACCACUUCACCAACGGGGUGACGGAGUCGUCCUCCAAUGGUUUCCUCAACGGCAGCUCCAAACACAUCACUGAGCCUGAGGAGUGUGAGGCAGACAUGGAAGUGGACUCCUCCCUCUCCAAGCGGCAGCUGUGCGGCGGCAGUCAGGCGGCCAUCGAGAGGAUGAUCCAUUUCGGCAGGGAGCUGCAGAGCAUGAGCGAACACCUCCGCCGCGAGUGCGGCAAGAACUCGGCCAACAAGAAGAUGUUGAAGGACGCCUUCAGCCUCCUUGCCUACUCCGACCCUUGGAGCAGCCCAGUUGGCUACCAGCUGGACGCCAUCCAGAGAGAGCCCGUGUGCUCCACUCUCAACAGUGCAAUAUUAGAGACUCACAACCUGCCCAAGCAGCCGCCUCUGGCCCAGGCCGUGGGUCAGGCCGCUCAGUGCCUCGCCAUCAUGGCCCGGACCGGCAGUGGAUCCUGCGCCUUCGCCUCUGUGGACGAUUACUUGCCCCCCCCCCCCCAACCUGUCCAGGACUUGGACCUUAGGCUAGUGGACCUCCGUGGUUGA